AUGCGCUUAAAUCUGCCCGACUAUGUUGUUGACGCCAACGUGCUGGAGGCCGUACGUCGCGACAACGUCGGCUACCUGAAGGGGCGGGUGACCCGCGACCCCUGCUGCCUGGCCUAUCUGUACUUCGCGAAGACGGCAAUCGGGACGCCCGGCCGGCCGACUCGGGCUCGCCGCCGACUCGAGUACGCGGGUCGAAUGGGUCUGUUCGAAGGGGCUCUGCGGGCGCCGGUACACCUCGUCCUGCCACUGCUCGGCUACGCUCUGCUCUUCCAGACGCCGCGCAUCCUCCACUACUUGCUCAUGCAGCAGAAGAGGCUUGAGGCCGUCGAGCAGACCGGCUACUUGGCCGACGGGGAACGUCUGGAGCCACCGGGCGGCCGACGCUACCGUGUCCUCACUUUUCCGCUGCAAGCUCUGAUGUUGCCCGACAACGCAUUCUUCCGCCUCACACAGAACCACGCCGGCCUACUCGUAUCGGCCGGCCAGCGCGUCUCCGUCACCCGACACGAUGACCAACUUGCCGCCAAUGGCGACGGCGACGGUCAGAUCUGCCAAUCACAUGUCUUCCAGAACGCCUGGCAUUUGGCCUGGCAGUACUACCGGCCGAUGCGAGAGGACGCCCAAGAGCUCUGUCGACUUACCACAGCCUACCUUUGGCACAAUGUGGAGCCGACCGGCCUGAUACGCAAGGUCUGGCUGUACCGGCUGUUUGUGGACCGCUUCUCCUACCAGCCGAGUGGCUUGACUUUCGCGGAGCCCGCGAAAAAGCAGCUCGCCUACAGUUUGAUGCUGAGUUUGCUCGUCUUCGGCUGCCGGCUAGAGGAGGCGAAGACACACUACAACGUCUUCAAAGGCCUAAUGGCUCUGUUAACCAGCAGUGAGUCUGACAAGGAGAUGCAGAGUCGGAUACACAACCUCUGUCUAGGCUUCUUCGCCCUGUUGCCCAGUUUGCGCGGAUUCGCCAGAGCCAAACUCGAGGUCAUUCCUCUGUUGGUCGACCUGUUGGCCCAUCCAAGUCUGGACAAUUUGGCCGCGAAAUGUGUCCGCGCCAUACGUGACCUGUUGACCGGAAGGAACCUGGCCAGGGCUGUCAUGUCACUUUGGCUCAAUGAGGAGGUUGAGGCGCAGAUUCUCACGGGAUCUCGUGGAAACGAUGCCCGAGGCUCGCUUUUGUUCUCUCAACUGAAGAGUCAUGCUAAGAUGGAAUUCGGCUGCCGGAUGAAGAGUUGA